AUCUGAUUGCAUAAUAAGAAACGGAUCUCAUAUUGAACGGAAGUAAUAUUCCCAGCACGAUAAUGAAAAACCAUUAAGACUGGUAUUGUGGGACUUCGGAAGCCAGGGGAAGCGGGGCCAAUGCUACCAGUCCAUUUCCUGCAUCCCGAAGUUCUAAGUCGUACACGUGGUAACUUGUAAUUAUACAUGUAGCUGCUUUAUAGUUAAAGGGGAAUUAUGACUUACAAGAGGAAGAAGUACCAUUAUGGUGAUACACAUCUAAGGAAGAGAUGGCGAACAAAACGAAGAAAGAAAGAUUUAGAUGAAAUCGAUGAAGACUUGAAAGAAGAAAAUGCAGAAAAGUUACUGAAUCAGGAAAUUGAUUUAGAUAAACCAGGAAAUGCCCAGUUUUACUGCCUGCAUUGUGCACGAUACUUCAUCUCUGAGCAAGCACUGAAAGAACAUUUUCGUACAAAGGUCCAUAAACGUCGACUGAAAGCCCUGGAAUUAGAACCAUAUACUAUUGAGGAGUCCGAGAGGGCAGCAGGAAAAGGAAGUUACCAGCUCCCCAAGAAACGGAAGAUUGAAACCCAGACUCUGGUGGAUGGAACCAUGCAGAAAAUUGAAGAUGAAGAUGUGAAAAUGAACUAAUUUGUCUGUUCAGUCGCUU